CUUGAGUUAGUGAAAUGGAAUCACUUAAAGCAUAUGAAGUUUUGAUAUCCGUGUUUGUAGUUCUUCCCGUAAUUUUGUUACUUUACUGGCUUUGGACACGAAGAAAUAUAUAUAAGUGCGAUCUAAGUUUUAUUGGUUACCCAAUAAUUGGUUCAUUGUACAAACUAAGAAAUGUGAACUCUAUAAUAAGUGCGGUUGGUCAUACUUUGAGAUACUGUAAAAACGGUACAGCCUGCUUCUGGGCAGGAUUCUUUCCAGUCAUAUUGACAGCAGAUCCAGAUAUUGUAUCAAAUGUUUUGCGCUCUCAAGAAUUUCUUAACAAAGCAGAAACGAUAUAUUAUUACAUGGGCGUUUCAUUAAAAGGUGGACUAUUUACAACUCCAGCAACUGAAUGGGUCCAUAAUCGUAGGAUGAUUAAUCCCUGUUUUUCAAAUAAUGUACUUGUUAGCCUAUUUCCAAUAUUUAAUAAAGCUAAAAACGACCUGAUAGAAAGAUGUGAUGCUCUGGUGGAUAAUAAAAAUCACAACAUAUUAAAUCUGUUACAAACAUUAACUUUAAGUAUGACCGUAGAAACGACUAUGGGUAAGGUGAUGCACAAAGGUAAACAGGAAUCACAAGAUUUAAUAAGUGUCUUUUCCUUCUUAAUGAAAUAUAUAACGGUUCAAGCAUUGAUGUCGUUUUUUAAACUCGGUUUUAUAUUCGAGUUUUAUUCAAAACUACAACAAAAAAGGGUAGAAGUAUGGAUGUUCGUUGAUAAACUAAUUCAAGCUAAGCUUAAUAAAUGUUCUAACACAGACAACAACAAUAACAAUACGGAAUCAAGAGUUCUUAAUACCAAAAAUAUAGAUGCAGUACCUUCCAUACGGAAAGAGCCAAAAAUAUUUAUUGAUCAAGCUAUAAAACUGUAUGAAAAUCAACAAUUUACAUGGAAUGAUUUAAUUAGCGAAUCAGUUACAAUUGUAGCAGCUUCAUUUGAAACAACGGCUAAUGCUGUUUACUCUACUCUCGUUAUGUUGGCUAUGCAUCCAGAUAUACAACAACGUUUAUUUGAAGAAAUCUUGGAUGUGUUUCCAGAAAAAGACUUUUAUAUUGAAUGCGAUCAAUUAAGUCAAUUGUCAUAUUUGGAACUUGUGAUAAAUGAAACGCUUCGCUUAGCUCCUUCAGUUCCAAUAAUAGGUCGUCAAGCUAUGAAAGAUACACAAAUCGGAGUAAACUUAUUGCCUAAAGGUAUUCAGGUUUUCAUUUCAAUAUAUCAUCUUCAUCGACGGACUGAUAUUUGGGGUCCAAAUGCAGAUAAAUUUGAACCGGAGCGUUUCUCAGUUGAAAAUUAUGGAGAAAAGCAAAAAAAUGCUUAUAUUCCAUUCUCGAAAGGACCUCGAAACUGCAUUGGAAGGCGAUAUGCUAUGUUUUCAAUGAAAGUUCUACUAUGUGGACUCUUACGAAACUAUAAAUUUAAAACUGACUUUAAAUUUGAAGAUCUGAGAUGUACCCAUCGAGUGUCAUUGAGGUAUAUAGUUGAACCAGAAUUAAGGUUAUGUAGGAGAACAUAAGGUAUUACAAAAAGAAAUGGAUAUUGUUCGUGUAUAAGCGGUUUCAUGUGAAAGUGAAAUAAAAU